UUUCCACUUUUAAACAUGCAUUUGGGAGCAAAGUUAAGUGGGCAUAUCAACCUGGAAUUUAUGAUUUUAUGCGCAGUUAGAGGAACAGCGAAGAUACAUUUAUAUUCCCUAGCGUACGAAACUAAAGUAACAUUAUAAUGAAAUUGUUGAUAGGUAUUAUAAGCAACCCCGCAAACAAUAUUCUCAUAAGUUUGCCACUUGUCUGCUACUUGGUUGAAUAUUGGGCGAAAAUGUUUCUCGUCUCGUCUUGGAAAAAUAAUAAUACAACUAGGUCAUCUCUCAUUUACAUUCUUGCUCAUGAAAUUGAUAACUUUGGCCUACUUUUAUUUAGCAAUGGGUGACUGACCAAAUUCAAAUCAUUAUGACAAAAAUUUGUUUAUAAUGAUCGCUUUCCCCAUUGUGUAAUUACGAAAAUUGCGCCUGUCAUACGCUCAAUUAUGACGCAUCUCCGUGACCUACUGGAAAGCAAAUUUUGCGUUAAUUGACGCUUCUGUCUUUGAUUUGAAUUCCAGUCGAUAAAAUUUCGCAGCUAAGGUGGCUUAUGCUAAAGAAAUCACCGACUGGUCCCUGGACGGUGCAGGUCUUACAAAACUUUCCUCGAGAGCAGAAUUUAAAUGAAAUGUUUCCACUAUUUAGUGUGUGCCGCGAUUUCAACAGGACUCUGUAGAUUUAAUUCUUCUUUAAGUUGGGCAACGUUAUCGCACGAAAUGCAGACGCUGUGGCUAAAACAGGAUGCAUAAUUUUCUAAAUAUAAUAACACGCGAAUUUCCUGAUUCUGUUUACCAUUUACGGAGUUAAAAGUGAGGAUAGGUUUGGUAAAGUGUGAUUUUGGUGUUGUGUCUCAUAAUGUUAGGGAUGUUUAACGUUAAUUUCCUCGAAGCAUUAGUCUUGGUGCGGAGUUACCCUGUCCCGAACUCACUGUCACGAUGAACACUGAAGCUGGGGUCCCCGAUGGAGGAUGGGGGUGGGUAGUUGUUGCUGGAACUGCGAUAAUUAAUAUAGUUAAUCAGUCACUAUUGUCUAUGUUUGGUUUAAUAUUUGGUCCGAAGUUGGAAAUGAUGGCUGGAACGACUGGAGUUACAACUGUUAUGAGUCUGAACUGCACAAUCAGUAACUUUUCUGGAUUUCUAAUAAGCCCCCUUUCUAAAUAUUUCAGUACGAAACAGAUAACUCAAAUUGGGGUAUUGCUGGUCUCAGCAGGAUUGGCGUUCUCAACGUAUACGAAAAGUUACAUGAGAAUUACAAUAGGAUAUGGUGUUCUAACAGGUCUGGGAUUGGGAUUAAUAGCCUCUUCGACGUUUCUUAUUAUCAAUUCUUAUUUUGAUAAAAAUAAAAGUCAGGCUGUUGGCCUGUCUAUGGCGGGAACAAGUAUAGGUCAAAUGGGAAUGCCGCCAAUAGUGGCUCUCCUUAUUCAACAUUACGGUUAUGAUGGCACAAUAUUAAUUUUAUCGGGACUUAGCUUACACGGUUUGAUCGGAUCGUUGUUUUUUGAUCCUGUUAGCGAACACAUGUUGCCAAGGAGUAGACAGAAAACAAAGGGCUUCUUCUCACGAUUUCGCGACAGGAUUAGCUGUCGCAGAAACCGAAAGAGAGUCGUUAUAGAAAAUAAUCUGUCUCCCGAUAGGACUGAUCCCGAACUAACAAAUAAGUGUGCUAAUAAUAACAUUGCUAGAGAAGCUAAUUUAACUAAACUUGAAGCAGGAAACAAGGAAUCUGUGAUACAUAAUGAAUGCACAAUCAAAAAUGAAAAGAUCGCUGAUAUUAUCAAUGAAAGUCGCGAAGGUGAAAGUGUGCUGUCUAAUAAUUUACAAACUGAGACUGCUGACAAAUUCGAAUUUUCUGCAUCUGACAACGAAAACAACGAACCAGACGAAGAGAAAAGGAUGUUGCCUCCGGAAACGGCCGCCACACAAAAAGAAGAGAAAAUCGAUAAGGAUGAACCGCAAACUUGCUACCAAAAACUCGUCGAACUUUUCGAUCUUUACAUUUUGCUAGAUCCGAUUUUUGUCCACAUUAUGGUCGGCCUUUCCUUCGCCUAUACAACGAGUAUAUCAUUCAGUACAUUUUUCCCUUUGUUUUUGAGAGAAGAUCUCGACAUGACUAUCAUCGACGUGUCCACUUGUAUGUCAGUGCUAUCAUUUAUGGAUUUUAUAGGACGAGUUGUCGUCCCUCUAAUUACAAAACGAAUGGAAAUCACCCAUCGGAUGAUCUUUAUAAUAGGAUCAUUCCUUUUGGCUAUUUGUAGAUCUGUAUUGGCAAUGCAAACUACAUACAGUAUGCUAAUUUUGCUCUCUGCUGUUUGUGGAUUAGCUAGAGCUGCUACAGUUAUUAACCAAAAUCUUGUCAUUGCGGAAUACUCUAAAGAGGCUCACAUUUCAUCAGCUGUGGGCCUGAAUAUGGUGUGCAAAGGAAUCUUUGUUUUAACUAUUGGUAGAUUGUUGGGUACUUACAAGGAUUCGGCUCACAACUUCAGUAGCUGUAUUCAUAUUUUGAAUAUAAUUUCUGGUGGAGUAGUGGUUUCUUGGACACUCGAACUUAUUAUCUUAAAGUUGUGUAAAAAGAAAAAUGCUACGUGAUAGUAUGAGUUCGUUUAGUUCCAUUCAGUAUUGUGGUAUAUGCAUAGUACUUAAAGCAUUGUUUGAAUCUGUACAUGUUGUUAUUAAAGAUUUAUUUAGAAAAA